AUGGCUUCCUUAACUCUAGUAUGUGUAUUUUAUGUCUUUAUUAUUUUCCAACUUCAAACUUCUAAAGCCAAACAAAUAAUCUGCAAAAAGUUAUCAUGCGGUGACAUAGAUAUUGCUUUUCCUUUUGGUUUAAUAGAAGCUAAUCAAGAUUUCCGUUGUAGCUAUUUUGGAAAUCCAGCCUUCCAACUUUCUUGUAACAACCAAAGCCAAACAAUCCUCAAUCUCCCCAAAACAAAAUCCUUAAUCAUUAAAAACAUCAAUUACAAAACACAAACAAUCCAAGUCAACGACCCCAAAGGAUGUCUCCCAAAACGUUACUUCGACAACAAUUUUAACCUUUCACGUUCACCUUUUAAAUUAAACCCCGAUAUUUACAACACUGAUGGUGAUAAUGUCACUUUCAUUCGUUGUCCUUCCAACUUUACUACUGAUUCAUCACCAUAUCAAUUUCCAUUAGAACCAAUUUCUUGUUUAAGCAACGAUGAAGAACGUUCGAACUUGACUUUCUCUUCGGUUAUAGUUUCAUGGGUACCGACUGAAUUUGUCCAUACAAGGUGGUUUCAAACGUGUGAGGUGAUUUCAACGGCUCUUGUUCCGUUACCAUGGAUGAAUAUGACUAUGUGGCCAUCUUGGCCUGAUCUUAAUAGUGAUGUUGAGUUGGUGUGGAAUGAACCUAGAUGUAGGAAUUGUGCACUUAAUGGUCAAGUUUGUGGAUUCUCUGAGGAUACAAAUAUGCAUCAAGUUCAAUGUUUCCCUAAUUCUUCCAAUCAAGGACUCUUAGAAAGUGCCAAAUACGGCAUUGCUUUUGGAUUGGGAAUACCAGCACUUUUAUUAAUUGGCUUAGCUUGCUUUUGUAAUAAGAGAACAACCCCACAUCAAGGACAAAGAAACUCAUCAAAUGUUCCUACAAUAACAAUUUCCUUAGCACCACUCCCUUCAUUUGUAACAGGCCUUGAUGGUGCCACAAUUGAAAAGUAUCCCAAAACUCUUCUUGGAGAAAGUGGACGUUUAUUGAAGUCUAAUGACAAUACAUGCUCAAUUUGUUUAUCUGAAUAUCAACCUAAAGAGACCUUGAGAAGCAUCCCAGAAUGUAACCAUUAUUUUCAUGCUGCUUGUAUUGAUGAGUGGCUCAAAAUGAAUGGUACAUGCCCUAUAUGUAGGAAUUCACCGGAGCCAGAUGCUUCCACGAGUCCUUAUUUUGCUUCGUUGUUGCUAUCCCCAAAUUCCUCAUCAUUGUCCUCUACUCGAUAA